AUGCUGAUUGAUGGCGAGAAGUGGGCUUGUGAAGCUUGCGUUCGGGGUCACCGAGUCAGCAGCUGUCAUCACAGCGACCGGACUCUGAUCCAUGUCAACAAGAAAGGCCGUCCAGUCUCGCAGUGUCCCCACUGCCGCGGCCUGCGCAAGUCGAGGACAACCCACGCGAAAUGCGACUGUGGUGACAAGAAAAAGGACCAGCAUGGUGCAGACGGCAUUCUCGCUACAGAUCAUGGUGAAGCAAAGUGUCGUUGCAUGCAUGGUCAACGCUGCAGCUGUGCGUUGAAAAAAGAUCACCUCGACCCUGUUCCCGAGACUGGACUACCUCCACUACCUCAUCCCAUUGCGACCGAUCUACGUAAACCGCGUCUUACGUCCACAAAAUCCGAGAGUACAUUGACUAUCUUCCGUGAUGGUCACCAUAAACCAGCGCAUAAGCAUAACGACAUGGCUCAUAAGUGCGGUCUACCUUAUACCAUCCCGCGAUCUCACACGAUACAUGGAUCAUCCGAACUUGCUCAACACUCUGCCGACCAUCUUCCGUUGACUCUCAACAAUGGCGCGGUCGACACGUCAUACUUUGGCUACCCGACCGAAUUCGAUUCUCUACCCGCUCGCCGUCGGGCCAAGUCAGAACACGGGUCCCCUGAACUCGUAGCUAUGCUGGCACCGGACCAGCAUUGUCAAGUUCCACCUCUUGACCUGACGACUCUUUCCUCACUUGAUACCGGAAUCGCCGCCGAGUCUUUGAAUCAGUUCAUGAUGCCGGAGCAAUUCCAGGAGGGCCCAUUUGCGGAGGGAAUAUUUGCUUCCCCUGACACAGAAUAUCCUCUUUCUGCUGGAGCUUUCAAUGCCCCAGCCGUUGACUGGUCAAGUUUCCCGCUGCCGUCUGCUGGGGUGUCUACCAGCGUCAGCCAAGCGCCAUCGUACGCCAGUUUCGAUUUGAACAACGUCAGCAAUCCCAGCUACCCUGGUCUUACCGGCUCCUCGUCAGGCGAUGCUUCUGAAGUGGACGAGUUUGGAACGAAGCCUAGUCUGAGUGGAUCUGGUCCUGAUAUCUACGACUUGCACAGUCUCAGCGAUGGGUCAGAUGUUGACCAGUAUCGUAUCAGUUCCGCCUCAUCGUUUGCAGGAUUGCCACAAGCUCGGUUGCUCACUUCCAAAAACCUGGAGUCGAUCGAUAUCGAUGAAUAUCUUAGGUCAGCGAACGCGUCUACAGCUGCGUUAGAGCAACAGCUCCAGGCCACUAUGGCCAUGGAAUCGAAAACGAUGGCUUCAUCGCCGCAGGGAUAUACCAUCUCCCACUCGCAGCCUUCUUAUCCAUCUACGGAUUCUACACAGACAGUGUCAUUAGACGCAAGCCAAGCUGGCAUGACCGACAUGCUUUGGGCUUCCAGUCUAUUCGACACUUCUCUGCCUUCUUCAAUACCAUCGGCUACCUCCGCCGCUGCCGAAGAUCCUUUUGUGCAGCCACCCUGGGCAGAGUAA